UUGCACUUUGUAGCUGUUGGACAGGAGAUGCGGAAGGAGGAAGUGUACGAGUGGUCUGCAGAAGAAACCCACUGCAGAGUUUCAUCCUCUCGGUCAAAGUGGAACAUUUUCCUCUGAAGUAAGUCGUCAGUUUUGGAUACGAGGAUGGGUCACACUUUGCUCCGUGUGACACCUUCACUGUUUCUCAGUUUGCUGCUCUGCUGUGGAAACGUUGAAGCCUGGGUGCCAGUCCUCACUGUGUCUCCAUCAUGGCUGAGUCCUGGAGCCUCAGUGACACUUAGCUGUAGGGUCAAAACCUCGUCGUUGAGCUGGAUGUUCUACUGGUACCGAGCUGUUCCUGAUCUACCCAACAAGAACUAUAAGUAUGAGCUGCUGCCUGAUGGCAUCGAUGGGACCGUCGAGGAUUCUUACAUCCUUCAUGGACAGAAACACACAGCAGGAUUUGCAUGUAGAGCUAAAGGAGGAAACCCAGAGGAUCUAACUGGUUACAGUGAACCAAAGUUUGUCUGGUCUGCAGGUUCUCAUCCAGAAGUGUCUCUCACAGUGAGCCCCAAAGCAGAGAAGCUUUUCUCCCAACAAGAUGUCCAGUUAAAGUGUCACGGAUCCUCUGCUGCGUGGAGAGUGAGGAAGUUUGAAACAACUGGAUAUUCCACGUAUUUAUCGGACUGCUCCAGCUGGGGGACCAUGACUGGAUCCUGGUGUCGCUUUCGCAGUCGCUGGCCCCAGAACGCCGUGUUCUGGUGCGAGUCUGGAUCAGGAGAGUUCAGCAACGCAGUCAACCUCACGUUACACAAGCCUGAGUCAGUCCUCACUGUGUCUCCAUCAUGGCUGAGUCCUGGGGCUCCAGUGACUCUGAGCUGUAAUAUUCGACCUCCAUCUGUAGGAUGGAGGUUCUACUGGUACCAAGCUGCUCCUGAUGGAUCACACACAAAGUACAAUUACAAGCUUUUGCCUGGUAACACCAGUGGGACAGUAAAGGACUCGUACAUCAUUCAUGGACAGAAACACACAGCAGGAUUUGCAUGUAGAGCUAAAGGAGGAAACCCAGAGAUCUUCACUGAUUACAGUGAACCAAAGUUUGUCUGGUCUGCAGAUCCUCAUCCAGCAGCGUCUCUCUCAGUGAGUCCUGACAGAGAGAAGCUUUUCACUGUAGAUGACGUCCUGCUGAGUUGCCAAGGAAACCCUACUGGGUGGAGAGUGAUGAAGUUUGAAAAAACUGAAAAGUCGUCAUAUUUAUCCGACUGCUCCAGCUGGGGGAAACUAACUGGAUCCUCCUGCACCAUUAAAAGUCACUGGUCCCAUAAAGCAGUGUACUGGUGUGAGUCUGAAACAGAAGAGUUCAGCAAUGCAGUCAACAUCAGCAUGCACACACCAUGGUCCAUCCUCACUGUGUCUCCAUCAUGGCUGAAUCCUGGAGCCUCAGUGACUCUGAGCUGUGAGGUUAAACCUUCAUCUGCAGGAUGGAGGUUCUACUGGUACAAAGCUGUUCCUGAUUUAUCAAAGAAUAGCUACAGAUAUGAGCUGCUGCCUGAGAGCAUCAGUGGGACAGUACAGGACUCCAUUAUUAUUCAUGGACAGAAACACACAGCAGUAUUUGCAUGUAGAGCUGGAAGAGGAAACCCAGAGGAUUUCACAUAUUACAGUGAACCAAAGUUCAUCUGGUCUGCAGAUCCUCAUCCAGCAGCGUCUCUCUCAGUGAGUCCUGACAGAGAGCAACACUUCACCUCUGAGUCUGUGACUCUGAACUGUGGAGGAAACUCUGCUGAGUGGAGAGUGAAGGAGAUUAGAGAAAUAAACAAAUUGUCAUUAGAACCAGACUGUUCCUAUUGGGGGAAAAUGUCUGGAUCCUCAUGUACCAUUAACAGUAACUGGUCCCAUCAAGCAGUGUACUGGUGUGAGUCUGAAACAGGAGAGUUCAGCAAUUCGGUCAACAUCACUGUACAUGAUGAAGAUCUUCUCCUGGUGAGCCCCGUCCAUCCUGUGACUGAAGGAGCUUCUGUUACUCUGAGCUGCAGACGGAGAGGAGAAAACAAACUUUCUGAUGUGAUUUUCUAUCAUAAUGACAAACUGAUCCAAAAUGACAGCAGAGGAGAGCUGAAGAUCUCUGCAGUGUCUCAGUCAGAUGAAGGUUUCUACAAGUGUGAACAUUCAGGAGAAGUUUCACCUCAGAGCUGGAUGAGAGUUAAAGCUGCAUCCAGAACUGAAAGCUCUUCAUUUCCUCUGCUGCUGGUUGUUGGGACAGUCAGUGGAGUUGUCUUCAUUCUUCUUCUUCUCCUCCUGCUGCUGAGUCGCUUCAGGAACUCCAGAGGUUCUGAUUUUCUGGGUCCCUCUGAAGAUUCUGGAAAUGAUCCACCUGAUUUCCAACAUGUCACUUAUGCUCUUGUUAACUUAAAACAUGGUGAAAAAAAGGGUGAGCCUGGGGAACCAGUGGGGGGCGCUGUUUACUCUGUUGUGAAGACAGGAGCUGCAGGAACGUUCAGUGAUUAUGAUAAAGUCUCUUCUCUGAUAAGGAAAACCGAGCAUUAGCAUUAGCUAAUGUAGCAGUUUAUCCUGAAGUGACGCACAGCUCUGGAUAAAGAUUGAAGACCUUCCUCCCGGAUGUGACAUAGUAGUGCUCUUACAUCUCCAGUGAACUGUCAUUCAGUAAUUUUCUGUCCGUUUGCAGUGUGUGUAGACAUUUGUAAUAACAUAAGACUCAAUUGUGGGAUCUUUAGGCUCAACCUAAACUCUAAUUUCAGUUUUGAUUUGAAUGUAUUUCUUUGUAUGAAUAAAGCAGCAUUUGAAACCCCAAACCAGAUAUACUCAUCUCUCCUUCAAGGUCAGUCAUCACUAAAGUUUCAAUAAUUAUUUCCAUUAAGCCUGAUAACAGUGAUCUACUGCUGCUUUCACUGUUCCCCCUCACACACAGACAUAUAUAAUGUCUUUAUACAUUCACAAGAGCUUUUCAUUGGCAUCCAUUCAUUUCUUCAGCACAACCCUAAACCUAAACUCAGUUCACAGUUUAGUCCUAAACUGAACCCUUAACCCAAAACCAGCAUCUGAUCUGUGGCCCGUGCU